UUCUAACAAAAAUAGAAACAUCGAAGAUAAGACAUCGAUAAAAUAUCGAUGUAAUGUAACUUGCAAUAUCGAUGGCUAAACAUCGAAAUAUUAAUCAGUUAACAUCAAUAUUUUAUAAACAUCGAUGAUUUUUGCUGCGUAAUGGCGUUGGGGCAAAAUUCUUAGAGAAGUCUGGAGCCAAAUAUUGAAGUUGAAGUUGAUGAUUUUUGCUCAUCCCUACCUGCGCGCUCCUCCGUAACGGCUUAUAGGUCGCUAAGACGGCGAAUUGGGAGAAUCUAUUAGAACACUUACACUGAAGUGGGCUGUCUUCUUGGUCAGUGGCGAGGGCAAUACGAGCACCAUCUCCUGAGUGGUGCAACCAGUGGCAACAAAUCGUCUACCCAUCUGCCUCCCUACCUAUCUCCCUUGUGCAAGACAACAUGUCAGUAGAAAAGAACGAGGACGACUUGAGAACAACGAUUGCUGAAUUGCGCGCAAUAUUGAGUGUGAAGGAAGCCGAGUUGGCUGCUUUACAACGCAAGAAGCAAGUCGUGCAGAAAUAUGGCUUAAAUAAUAACGAAAUUCUCAGGUAUAGCCGACAGCUCUUUUUACGUGAAAUUAAUGUGCAAGGUCAAAAAAAGAUAAAAGACAGUUCUGUACUUAUUGUGGGAGUUGGUGGUCUCGGUUGUCCUGCAGCCUUGUACUUAGCAUGCAGUGGAGUUGGUCACAUUGGCAUAGUAGAUUAUGACAAUAUUGAAUUAAAUAAUCUUCAUAGACAAAUAUUGUUUGCGGAAGCAAGCAUCGGUACUGCUAAAGUGACAGCGGCAGCAGAAACAAUCAAUCGACUGAACAGCAAUGUCAAGAUCACUCCAUAUAAAAUCCAACUGAAUAGCAAGAAUGCUUUAGACAUCAUAAAGAACUAUGAUAUUGUAUUAGAUGCUACAGAUAAUGUAGCUACACGUUAUUUACUGAACGACGCAUGCGUCUUGAGUGGAAAACCAUUAGUUUCUGGAUCAGCACUAAGGUUCGAAGGGCAUUUGACUGUAUUUAAUUAUAAUGGCCCUUGCUACAGAUGCAUAUUUCCUGAACCUCCACCGCCAGAAACUGUAACAAACUGCGGAGAUGGAGGGAUUCUUGGUGUAGCUGUGGGAACAAUUGGUGUACUGCAAGCACUAGAAGUAUUAAAAAUCAUACUUGACCUGCCCGAUGUAAUUUCCGGGCAAAUGUUGUUGUUCGACGCAAUGGAAACCAAGUUCAUAAACGUACGUUUACGUCCAAGGAACGCGAACUGUGUUGUUUGCGGAGAACAACCUGUUAUACGCGAGUUAAUAGACUACGAAGAGUUCUGCGGAGCAAAAGCGAACGACAAGAAUCCAAAUUUGAAUUUGCUCAAGAGAGAAGAGAGGAUAACAGUCGAGGAGUAUAAUCGGAUCGCGAAGGACAAUUCGGAACCUCACGUACUGAUUGACGUACGUUCACCUGAAGAAUAUCAGAUUUGCUGUCUACAGAACUCGAUCAAUAUUCCAUUCGCAGAAAUCGACAAGGACCAUAGCUUGCAAGAAAUAAGGAAUAGCGUAAAAAAGCUGCAGGAAAAGCAUCCUGCGGUAAAUUUGUAUUUUUUAUGCAGACGCGGAAACGAUUCGCAAAAGGCUGUACAAUGUCUGAAAAAGGUAUUUACUGAAGAUACCUUAAGUAUAAGAGAUAUAAUUGGAGGUAUUCACGCUUGGAGCAAUAAGAUUGAUCCAAGUUUUCCAAAAUAUUAAAAAAGUGUAAGAUAUCCGAUAUAAUUAUGUCAUUUUAUAUAAAGAUAAGCUAUUUUAAUAAAUCUGUCAAAUUUUGGAAUUAUAUAUAUAUAUAUAAUUUA